AUGUCGAAUAUAAACGAAACACCUAAAAAAUUAGUUCCAACUGCAAAACAUAAACUAAAUUCGAACGAUUAUUGUAGGUGUUGUAAAUUAUCCCUAAGAGUUCAGUAUGGAGACUCUUGGAAGUCUGUAUCCACUGAAAAUGUCUUUAAUGGAUCUAAAAAAAAGGGAUUCGAAGGGCAAAUUUUAGCGCAGAAUGUGGAUGCGAUUGGAAUAAAGGUGGAGAGAAAAUCCGAUUUAUCAGAAAGACUUUGUAAGCCUUGUGCUACUAAAAUACGGAAUGCACGUGCAGGGUUUUUGUUUCUUUUGCAUAACAUUAAUACCAUUAAUGCAAUAUUCAUGAGAGAUCAAGAGGUCGAAACUACAGCCACAGGGGUUCAUGAUAAUAUAAAUACGUCACGCACGAAAAGAACUCUGCCAACGACUGUUUCUACUCCAGAGCGAAGUCCUAUAUCAAAAAAGACACAAAAGACAGGAACGAUCAGACUGAAGAGAUCACUUGGCAAGCAGUUUGAUAACACUAUAAACAAGGAUCAUAAUGAAGAUUCGCUUCUCAAUAUUGAUAUUAUUUGUCAUGACGACGAAGAGAAAGUACAAAAGCAGACCCGAGUAAAGGUGUUAAUAUUGUGGCCUAAUGGAAGAACCGAUGUUAAAGACACUAUUCGGCUUGUGAAGAACAUAGUUUUAAAUAAUUGGAAAGCAGUGUCCCACAUUGUCCUCACGCACCAGGAAUUAAAACCAGAAAUCCUAAAAGCUGUGCGGUCCGCUACUAACAAUGGGUUCAAACAGUACUGUAAUUCUGACACUAUUUUGAAGCGUCGUUCAACUGAAGAAUUAAUUGCGUUUUCGAACAGUACAAUUAUUAAGGAAAUUACUGAAAGAUGCCCCCUUUGGAGUUCGUGCGUAAGUGGAGCGUGUAGUGUUCAGCUGCAACAAAUGCACGAGUAUGACAAUACGAAUGCCAUCAAUUCUGUUGCUCUCGCCACUUCUGCGAUAGCUCGAGUUCGUAACAAGUCUAUGUCUGCUCUGACAUACAGAGUGUCCAGCAUUUUGUUUCACAGUGGAGUGUCUUAUCAAGAUAUGACCAGAUUGAACCGAUUAGGUAUUGGCAUGUCCCCAGAUAUGGUUAUAAGUUUUCAGCGACAGUUAGGAAAAAACUUUGAUUCCAAAGUGCUUUCUUACAAAAGCUCUCUUGAGGAGAAACCACAUGAUACCCUAGCUUUAAUGAUGGAAAUCAAAGAUAAACAGCCUGUAACGAAUGAUGAUAUUGUUGCUAUUGAUGUAUGUGAAGAGAAACGUAGCAGUUAUCAACAUUUUACACCUGAAUCUUUCACUCGUAUAACUGAUAUGUUGCAAUCAGAAAAAGAAAAGAAGAAUGUGGACAUUAUCUCUAAUGAAGUGCUGGACCAAGUGAUAACUGAUCACAAAAAGUUUAAUUUUCCAUUCUUUAAGUAAGUUUGCAAUUUAUCUGUUAUGCAUGAUUUUGAGAUUGAUUGUUUCCUAUUGAAUAUCAUAAACCUAGACCAGUAAGACCCCCCCCCCAAAUGAUAUUGCUGCAAUCAGGCGUGUUUCCUUUUGCCCGUCCUCUGCCCCUUCCUUAAGUAGUAUCCCUGUUACAAGAUUGGUCCCUAUGGAAAGUGGGGGUCCAGAUGCUCCGAACCAUAAUUCCCAAUGAAUAUAAGCCCCCCUCUCUUCUGUAUCUGCCCAUUUAAUUUGUUACAAUAUCAUAGUGGAAAGUUUGAAAGUGCUUACUCUCCAAUAUGAACAUCUGAUAUGUUUGGUUCAAUUUUUUUUUAUUCACACAUUGAUUUACAUUUAUUGUUAAUAGAUUAGUUGGUGAUAACAUUGACCACGAAAUUAAUGCUCGGAUUCAAACAAAGGAACAUGGAAACCAAUCAAUCCACUGGACUCACCAGACUGUAAUAAGAGAUAGUGUUGUUGACCCUUGUCUGGACAAUACAAAGCCUCGACAAAGUCUUGAUCAGCUCCAGCUACUAGAUAUUUUGCCAACUGCUACCAUCCAGUCUCGACUAAAACAUUCAUGGGCAAUUCUUGUUAGCCGUGUAGUAACCAAGCACCUCAAAGAUUUUGCGUUCCUGAGAAAUGUUGUAAUUAACCACAUACCUCAUCAAUACUCUAAAGAGGCUUCAACAAAGUCAGAAAUUGUGAGUUUUAAUUAAUAAAUGCAUAAGGGAAAGGAACUGAUAUCUAUGUGCAGAAGUUUGUAUUUUUUCAGUGCUGACAAGGGUAGUCAUUUAAUAGUAUAAAGUGUGCAAAUUAUGAGAGAUCACAUGAUCACAUACAGUCAGACUGCAAGGUGUAAUAUUUCCAAUGCACCCAAGGCUUAUAUGCUUGGGCAAGCACUUGUGUUAGGGAUAAAAUUUUGUGCUUUCAUGUGUUCUUACAAAUAUAUAUUUCUCUUAAAUAUUAUAGUGUUGUCUUGGGAUGGAAUUUUAUAAUCCAAACAUUGCAGGAGAGAUGGCACAACUGUUAAUAAAAAAUCAAAACAAGUAUGUUCCCUCUUGUGGAAAGGGCGAGUCAAAAAAGUUAUCACACCCAUUCCUUUCCAUGGAGACCAAUUAUUUGAAGAGCGAGCCAGGAAUGUUAUAUGGACAUUUCAGGAUGGUGACAAUGAAUUUGACAGUAUCAAGGAGCUUAAUCCCGAGUUUGCUGACUGGCAUGGAAAAGUAAACUUGUACGAGGUUUUUUUUUUUUUAAUUAUUUUGUCUUUACUGCAUAAAUCUAUUCAAAUCUUUAAAAUGUAUUUAUCCACUAACACUUUCCCCUUGAUGAGAAAUUUGUUUGGCAUUAGAGUAAAGUACUGUGAUUCGGUAUGGGGCAUUGCAGCGUCUACUUAAAUAUUUGAUAAGCAUUAUAAGUUUUAACUCAUUAAGUGGCAAUGCGUCUGAAUGUACCCUGAGAUUGGCAAGGGGGGCAAUGCACUGCAUGCACCCUGAUUAAACAACAUGUUGAUUACAUUAAUUGCUAAUUUACUACUAAUUGCAGAUGGAAUUUAACAUGUUUUGCAAAUCUGAUUCUGGGAAUGAGCUUGGCACAACGAAGGCAAGCAUGAAUAGAACUCGAAAAACAAAUGCAUCAGCUGGACCAGGGAAGAAAUACAAUGAAUACAAAGAGUUCCAUCAGUGUGAGUUAGAGGCUCAUAUUUGUUCUGCCUUUAUGGAAAUGACUGGGAUGGAAGAUACAAAUGGUAAAUAAAAUAAUGCUAUAAAGACACUAAUACAUGUAGUGUGAUUACGGAGGGUUUAAACUGCAGGUUGCAGGUGUGCAGGUGCAGGUGUGCAGGUCAAUGGGUGCAGGUUGCAGGUGUGCAGGUUGCAGGUGUGCAGGUUGCAGGUGUGAUAUUCUAGUACAAGAUCAAAACUUGACAUUCAUAAAAAAGUGUGAAGCAUGUAUAAAAUUUUAUCUUAGCUAAGUUUGAAUUCUCUUUUAUAAUUGAUUUUGUCACUCUUUGCGAGAAACGUCCGCCAUAUUUAAUUCUUAGGUCAAAAACACCUGAUAUCCCCUAUUAUCAAUAGUUUUCCCCAUACCGCCAAAACAUGUGAUCACAGAGUAGGUACCACUGAUAUACAGUAGGUACAUAGUAGGUACAUAGUACGUACAUAGUACGUACAUAGUAUACCUACUCUGUGAUCACAUGUUUUGGCGGUAUGGGGAAAACUAUUGAUAAUAUGGGAUAUCAGGUGUUUUUGAGAUAAGAAUUAAAUAUGGCGGACGUUUCUCACAAAGAGUGACAAAAUCAAUUAUAAAAGAGAAUUCAAACUUAGCUAAGAUAAAAUUUUAUGCGUGCUUCACACUUUUUCAUGAAUGUCAAGUUUUCAUCUUGUGCUAGAAUAUCACACCUGCAACCUGCACACCUGCACCUGCACACCUGCAACCUGCAGUUUAAACCCUCCGGUGUGAUUAACCCAUUGAGUGGCAGCACUCUUCCCUUGUCUUUGAUGAGAAAAAUCGUCUGGCAUUAGACAGUAAAAAAAUAAAGUAGGGAGCAUGAAGGGACAUGGCCACUUAAAGGGUUACAGUAAUAAUUAGUCUGAUAAUGAGCAAUGGUCUUUCAUUGACAAGUAAAACCUCUCUCCUACAGUAAACAGUAAGCGGUGUUAGACUAAAUAAAAGAAUAAUGUACUGUAUGGCACAUUACUGCUUAUAUAAUUAUAUUAUAAUUACCCAAAUUUAUAAGUAUGAUUAUCAAACCGUAUCAAGAUAUGUUGAAAACAUUUUUAGUACAAUGUUUUAUUUUCACCAUGAUUUUAUUUUAAGGGACUCCUAAGACUAUAAAUUUACCAAGUAACUUAACCAACAAGCAAACAAAAGGAGAGUGGUUGCUCAGUCUGUGUGAAUCCUUCAUAAACAGAUAUUGUUUUGACUCUGAAGAUCUUGAUAACUUGAUACAGCAGACAAACCAGUUGGAACUUGCAUCUCUUGGGAAAUACAAAUGCAGAGUUGAAAAAUGUGAUAAAGCCUUUGUUUAUCACUCAGGAAGAGUAAGGUGACUGAUAUGUAAAGUGGAAGUCAAGUCCAUAUGUAAACAAACGGUUUGUUUACAUUUUGAACUGAUGUAUUUUUUAAAAUAUGAUGUGCUGUCUGAAUAUCUAACACCAUUUUGGUUCGCUAUGCUUCUAAAUGAAUAUGAAAUAGAGUUUAUGUUCAUAAAAAAUCGAAACAUUCGAAAUUAGGGCAAUGUUCACAUUUAAUAGAGGCCCUCACAUUGUUAUGAACAGAACCGAUGCGCAGAACGGACUUGACUUCCACUUUAAGAAAUAGAAAACAUCCUAUACUAAUUAGGUACUACUCCAAUUGAAACCAUAUCAGACAAGUAGAGAAGCUCUACUUGUCCCGGCUGAGAUUCUAUAUGUUAUAGAUUCGAUACAAAACUACUGUAAGUCAGUUGACGUAUUUCCAGUUAUUUCCAGCCAAUAUCGUAGCCAUGCUUUGACUGAUGUGCAUUUGAUAUGCCUUUGAUCCACUCUCAGCCAUAUUAAUCUGUAUCUUUUAUACAUUAAGUCAUCUGCAAUUGCAAGUAAAUAAUAAAUAUUACUAAUAAUACUAUCCAUGAUAAUGAAUGAAAACAAACAAUUUUUAAAAUAUUUAUGUCAAUUUUAGUCAUGAGAUCAGUGCACAUCAAAUGAACAAUGAUCGAAAUGGACAGAUUAGGGAUGAGUAUGGAUACUAUUUUUGCCGUGCUGAUUGUGGCCAUGUCUUUAGUACUAAAGCGACAAGGAACAGGUAAUUUUGCAAAAAAAUAUAUACAUAUCCCACAUUAUGUUAUUGGGCCAUUACAGAAAACAUCCAUACAGGUCUCUCCCACAGAGGAAAUUUGAGAUUAACCCCCUUACAAUGUCUAAUUGAUUUGACUAGGCUUUGCAUUCAUUUAAUUAAACCGGAGUAGCGAUUGAAAAUAUGACAUUUACUAUUAUUAUAUAUGAAUUUUCUCCCCUCCCUCCAUGGGGGGAGUGUGGCUCUUUUCUGAACCGACCCAUUGCAACGACACCCACAUGUAGUUGGCAAUUAAGGCAAUUCAUGAGGAUGUCAAUAUUUUUUUUUUCUGAUAGAAUGUGACUGGAUAUGUGUAUGAUGUUAUAAAUGACUAAACCAUAAUUUUGCUAUUUUAGGCAUGAGAAAAAAAAUCAUCUACAAUUUACUCCUGAAGAAGACACUUCUGUCAAUGAUACUCCAGACCCCAUUAUCAAUGACCACCUGUACAACUACCACUGUGCAAAGCUUAAGUUUGGUAUGAUUCUAUUUGAUUUCAAUGAUGCUGUACAAGAGGGUGAUGGCCAAAGGCUGCGUGAUAUUUACAAGUUGGCAUUGCUACUGUACAAAUCUGGGGGUCAUACUAAAUAUUCAUAUGUUGUGCUUCUUUACCUUGUUAAAAUUGCAGCUAUCUAUUCUGAAUUUGAAGCUCAUAACCUCAUGUGGAACAGAUUCUAUAACAAAUAUGGUCGUCUAGGUGGAAAUAUCUCAUUAGACCUAAAAAAGGAACAACAGAACAAAGUUCUGAAAACCAUCUGGAGGGCACUGGGGUCAAAUUUAAAUAAAGCAAGCGCAUCACGGGUAGCUGAAGCACUAGAGAAUCUAGAGAGACUAAUUGAGUCUAUUGACAAAGAAUGUAAUUUACAAGAGCGUAAAGGAUAUAGAUCCAGUGGCAAUAAUACAGAAUCAGUGAUGCAAAUCACAUCUGAUUUGUCAUCAAUCAAAGCGUUCAAAUUCACCCCGGGUAGACAUGGCCAUGCAUCAUUUCCUGACUUUGAAAACAAGAUUGUAAAUUUAGAUUACAGAAAUCUACAUGAAUGGAUGUCUGAGAAAAAGAAACUAUGGCAAUCUAUAUAUUCAAGAAAGAGUAAAUGA